ACAAGGUGUUAUAUAUAUUCCCCCACCAAUCACCUACUGUCUGCAAUGUGUUUGUCAUCUUCUCAGCCUUCAAACAAUGACUGAUGAUAAAUUUUAUGGCGCAUCGUCGGAAAAUGGUUUCCGGCAAACCACAUUGUCGGAAUCAGGUGCAAUGCAAGAUCAUAAUCUCAGUGUGAAACAGAAAAAGUUUUCUCGAGUUAAUGCUAGUCAGCAGUUGAAGCGAUUGUGCCGGACAUUCAUGCCUGACAUCUCUAGUACUGAUGCCAGUAUUGCCGUAACUAACUACAAGUGCUACAAAAAGAAACGGCAUGAGAAUAUUGGCGUAACUAAUGAUGAUGAUCAAAGACGAAAUGAAGAAGAUUACAGGGAUAAAAAAGAGGUUGUAGUGUCUCUGUUAUUCACCAUGAGUAGUACAACUUCUGAUCAUCAUCAUCAUUCAGGAAACGGUGUCGUUUCGACCAGAACUUGGAGUAAUGUCGAUGAAGUGAGCAAGGAAACAGAGGAGUUACGAUCUGUUACGAGCUAUUCACAUGGAUCUAUCUCUUUGAUCGGUGGAAGAAGAGAAAUGGAGGAUGCUCUUUCAGUGAAGCUGGAUUUUUUGACGAAUUAUGAUUUUUUCGGUGUUUAUGAUGGACAUGGAGGGUCACGUGUAGCUCAUGCCUGCCGUGACUUGUUUCACAAUUUCCUGAUGGAAGUAAUUCUUGAAGAAGAUGGGAAAUUAGAGGAAGUAAAUUGGGGGAAAGUGAUGACGACGAGUUUCUGUAAAAUGGAUGAAGAGGUGAACAAGAUUAACGGGGCGGAAGUGGCGACAAUCGGAUCAACGGCAGUGGUGGCGGUUGUGGGGAAGGAAGAAGUAAUCGUUGCAAAUUGUGGGGAUUCAAGAGCUGUGCUUUCACGAGGUGGAGUUGCAUUGGCCUUGUCUAAUGAUCAUAAGCCGGACAGACCUGAUGAACUGGAGAGAAUUGAGAAGUCCGGCGGGAAGGUCAUCAAUUGGAAUGGGCAUAGAGUCUUGGGAGUACUGGCCACUUCAAGAUCUAUAGGGGAUAACUACCUAAAACCAUAUGUAAUACCAGAGCCAGAAGUCACGGUGAGCAAAAGAAGUGAUGCAGAUGAGUUCUUAAUACUUGCCAGUGACGGUCUGUGGGAUGUUAUUCCUAAUGAUGUUGCUUGUGAUAUUACAAGAAGAUGCUUGAGUGGUCAGAUUAGAAGGUGCAAAAAUGGAAGUGAGCCUCCUCAAAAUAAGGUCAUGAAAGAAAAUGUUGCAGCAAAGGCAGUAGCCUUACUUGCUGAACUAGCGAUUGCACGGGGCAGUACAGAUAACAUAAGCAUCAUUAUAGUUGAGUUGAAGAAAUAUUUAGGCACCAGAGAUGAAAAUAAUAUUCAUACUUCACUAGUUUGGCUGUUCAUUUUUCUUUUCCUUUUUAGUUUCUUGCUUUGUGUCCAUUAUGGAUUGCUUGUAUAAUAUUGUACCUGGACUUGGAAGUCCUAAAGUCUAUCUAUUUCAUCUCAUCCUUACCCUGAA